AAUGUUAUUCGGGUGCAGAGGAAUUUGUUGCGGUGUAUUUUAUUUUUGCAAUCAAAACAAUGAUUUAGUAGGAAUUUCUCACGUGAUUACUGCGAUUCGGCUGUAGGAUAUUAUAAAAUGUGGAUUCCUUCGAAAUCUCCGAAACUAGCUGUCGCCGUAUAUAACUGGAAGGGAGAUGUCCGAUCAGGAUUACCACUGGAAAUUGGAGAGACAACCCAGAUAUUAGAAGAAAAUGGAGGUUGGUUUCGCGGCUUCAGUACAAAGAACAGAUCUGCAUGGGGCAUAUUCCCCGCGUGUGUCGUCUCCAUUCGACCAUGCACUGUCAAAGGAAGUGGCGCUGCUGCCAUCGCCGAAAUAAAAGACGAUCCUUUAGUAAGGGAGAUAGCGUGCGUUUUGAGAGAAUGGGCCCGGUUGUGGAAGAAACUUUAUGUGGAGCGGGAGACCUACAGAUUCAGUGCAGUCGCGAAGGUUAUGCGCGAACUUCUGGCUGGUAGACGAGCUCUUCUUGCGGGCACCUUGACACAGGACCAGACCAGAGCUCUGCGCCUGAAACUGGUUGCCAAACUAGACUGGGGAAAUCGAAAGCUCGGCCUAGAACUGGUGCCACGGCGCGGCGCCGAAGCCGUUGACCCGGAGGACACGAGCCUUGUCGACUUGUAUAGGGUGCACGCGGAGAGCGCCGAACGAGCCGCAGCAUGGCGUGGGACUUUGCGCCGAGCAUGUGGCUCGGGCAGCAGUUUCAACUCAGGAACUCUGACAAACAGUUCCAAUAUUACUACACCACCGGUCCAGUCCCACUACCUCAUGUGCAGUAUGCGGGACUUUGGUCAUACCGCUGGUGGGGACGAAGCAGAACUGUUGUUAUGGCUCCACGAUGCGAGGCGAGCGCAACCUUUGUCCGAGAGGUUCAGAGUGCGGAUAGCGAGAGAUGGGUUUUCGAACUACGUGGAUAGAUUGCACGCUAAUAGCACUCUUUUUGCGGACUUAUCAAGUACGGAUCUCUCUCGCGAGCUAUGGCUAGUCGCGUGGGUUAUAAGAGUGGGGAGGUGGGCGGGUGCAGGUGGAAGUGGGACGGGGGAGAGGCGAGGGCCCGUUGCGAGGAGGCCCCUUGGCGCCGGUGUAUUACCACUUGCUGACUUCCUAAGACAACCCGAGCCUCAAACUAUUGAAAAGGAGUAUACAUUCAAGGUGUAUCAAUGUGAAGAAAAGGAUUUCCAUCAGUUGCAUGAUAUGUUGAUACGGAAACAAACAAACAAGUGCAAUAUUUUACCUGGACAACCGAAUUAUGGUAUAGUCGUAGCGCUCAGACUUCUAACUAACACUGGCAGCAUCUCAGAAGCAGUUGCAUCUGGGGCGACGGUGACAGCAAAACGGGGUUUCCCCGACGUCAUAAUGCCGGGCGAUGUGCGCAAUGACCUCUACCUUACUUUAGAAAGAGCUGAGUUCGAGAGGGGUGGUAAAAGUACGGCAAAGAAUGUGUUGGCGACUGUAAGUGUGCACGACAGCACUGGACAAGUUAUUAAUGAAUGUGUUUGGGGAGCCAGCGGUAUUGGAUCGACGUCAUACGAGUCGCUAGUGCUUUACCACAACAACAGUCCCGCCUGGGGUGAACAACUGCGACUCACCGUGCCGUUGGAAACAUUUACGCACGCUCACGUCCGUAUAGAAUUCCGACAUUGCUCCACUCGAGACAAGAACGAGAGAAAGCUUUUUGGUUUUGCGUUCGCAAGGCUCAUGGAACCAAGUGGCGCGACUUUGAGGGACGGUGCACACGAUUUAUACGUUUACAAAUGCGAUGAUCCAUCUAAAUUAUUAUCAGCUAGUUAUUUAGCUCUACCUGCAUGUGCCAGCGAUACGGGUCGGUCUCCCACGACAAAUGGCAUACUGGCGACAUUCCAAAGAAGCACCAAAGAAAAUUGUAUUAUUAGUACUUUGCUAUGUUCCACUAAGCUUACUCAAAACGAGGACCUAUUAGCACUAUUGCAAUGGCGUGCUCGCCCAGAGAAAGUGCAAGAAACAUUAUUACGAGUAUUGAGGCUAGGAGACGGGCUGAGUUGCGAAGAACUUAUCAAGUUUCUACGCGACGUGUUGGAUGCCCUAUUCGCUUUGUUUUCUACUGAAGAUGGAAACAGUACUCCACAUUCCGGAACGGUGUUUCUGGUCUUAGUGUCAAUAUGCAGUUUGUUGGACGAAACACGGUUUCAGCACUUUCGACCAGUUUUAGACGUUUAUAUUGAAGAACAUUUCUCAGCUGCUCUGGUAUAUAAGGGCUUGCUAUCCUCAGUGCAACAUUGCGCAGAAUGGGCAGCGGGUGCGGAAGGUCAAGAGCCAAUUCGGAAGUGCCUGCGCUCUUUGGGCGCAGUAUUCCGCCUAGCAGUCCGUUCUCGAUGCUUGUUUGCCCGAGCCACUGGUGGCCAGUAUGAAGAUAGCUUUCGGAGAGAUGUCAGAGCAGCUCUGCAUGCCUUGAAAGCGUUAGCUCAACAUCCCCAUAGAGAACAUCUCGCUCCUGCCCAAGUGGCCCUAAUGACCUCAUGGGCCAGCGUAGCCAAGGAAGUGGCUGCAGCGCUGGGACCCGUUGAAGCUGGUCGUAUAACUGCGGCUAUGUUAGAUGCACCUGCAGCCAAUGCCCCUCCGGCACUGGCCAAGGCAAGACUGCAAGCUGCCCAGGAUAUACUGGACGGACCUCUUGGUCAAGACCCUGAAGCGCGAAACAUCGUCCUGACAACAGCGUGCCACCAUUUGCGAGUGCACCUCGCACGUAGAGACGAACUGUCCCAAUGCGCAGACAUGCUCGGCGAAUUAGUGACAUUACUGUGGAAGAAGGAAGAUCCUGACCAGCCAGUGGAUGACGAUGAACUGGAUCCGGACGUCGAUGUUUUGUGUUUGAACACGUUAGAUGUGUUGGUUGAGGUUGUUUUACAUCUGAUCGGAGGGAAUUCGCCUGUGCUGGGUUCAAUGGUAGCUGGUCUUCUUGGAGUAAUGGAACUCUUAAAGCCCGCACACUACCAGCGUCUCUGGAGUCACCUGGCGCCGCAUCCACACGAUCGGAAGCCCUUGAAAGACUUCCUGAUGCGAGCUUUCCUUGUUUUCAGACAUUUGAUAGAACAAGAUGUAUUUCCUUCAGAUUGGAUGGUAUUAAGAGUUCAGAGUUGCAAAGUACUAUUGUCGGCAUUACAAGACUUAGCGAAGCCGUUAUUGGAAAGGUUCCUAGGUGAUGAACCACCGCAGUUCGAUUCUCAGUUAUGGUCGGGCUACUUGGAGUUAGGUGUGGCCUUAGUGACAGCGAGUGCGCUUCAAGCCGAGAGAUGGGCGCGUGGGCCUGAAAGGGCUAGUAUGCGGGCUGCUGCCGCUUUGCAUCUACUUGCUGUAUGGACUAGACUAGGUGCAUUAUCAGGAGCGGCACAACUCCAACUAAUAGGACCGGCAGUAGGGGCCCUUCUCGAAGUUACUCUCGUGCCUGAACUCCGUAGAGCAGCUUUAGGUGCUUUAGUAGCGCUGAUGGCAGCUGAAAGGGCCGCUACUGGUUCAGCUAGACGAACUGAAGCCGCAUUGGUUGACAAGUUGGACUCGUUAGUCGCCGAUAAUAAGGCAGAUGAUCAUUACCGAAGACUCUUCGACACUGUUCUAAUGGAACGUGUAUCGACUGAGGGUUGGCGGGAAGCCGGCGCGGCGUUUGUUGGAUGUGUAACUAGAUUGUUAGAGCGACUCUUGGACUAUCGCGCCGUAAUGCAGGGCGCUGAACAUAGGGACAAACGCAUGGCUGCCACUGUCAACCUACUGAAUUUCUACAAAAACGAGAUCGAUCGCAAAGAGAUGUAUUUGCGUUACGUUUACAAAUUGCACGAUCUUCACAUAGCUUCCGAUAACUGGGUAGAAGCUGGGUGUACCCUUUUGCUGUACGCGGAAUCGUUAAGUUGGGAUAGUGAUCAAGUCGGCGUGGAUCCAGAACAUCCCGAGGCUGUGGAGUGGAAGCGUAAAGAGGCUCUCUACAACCAAGUGCUCCAAUAUUUUGAUCGUGGAAAGUGCUGGGAAAAAGGAUUACCCCUGCUUCGUGAAUUAGCAACUUUGUACGAAGUGAAACUUUGCGAUUACGCACGCUUGGCGCAUUGCCUACGGAUGCACGCCACUUUCCUCGAUUCUGUGUUGCAGCAAUUGAGACUCGAACCGGAGUACUUUAGAGUGGGAUUCUACGGAAAAGGUUGCCCUUUGUUUGUAAGGAACAAGCUGUUCGUGUACCGCGGUCAGGAUUACGAGCGUAUAGGCGCGUUCACUCAGCGCUUGCAAUCGGAGUACGUUUCAGCGCACAUCCUAAUGCGGAAUACGCCCCCUGAUGACUCCAUCAUCGCUGCGGAUGGCCAGUAUAUCCAAAUUUGCAACGUGAAACCGGUGACGUCGCGCCGCAACUGGCCUUCAGGCGCACCUGAGCAAGUUAAACGCUUCUACGCUUGCAACGACGUUGAUACAUUCCUCUGCGACCGCCCUUUGCACAAACCGCCCAUCGACAAAGAAAACGAGUUUAAGAGUCUAUGGAUAGAACGAACAACCUUAGUGACGGAGAAUACGCUACCAGGCAUAUUGAGAUGGUCAGAAGUCAUAUCCAGAUCUAUGGAAGAAAUACCUCCAGUUGAAUUCGCCUGCGAGACCAUGGAAGCAACAGAACGUGAACUCCGCAGUCUCAUAUCCCAAUACACCGCGGACCCUACACAAAACAUAAACCCCUUCUCGAUGCGACUUCAAGGCACGAUAGACGCAAACGUACAAGGCGGUAUAACGAAAUACGAACAAGCGUUCUUGACUGCUGACUUCAGUAGAAACGCUACCCCUAGGGAAGCGGCUGCUGCGGCCAAAUUGAGGAGGCUGGUGGCUUCUCAACUAGCUGUUGUGGAAGCGGGACUUACUUUGCACGGUCGGUUAGCACCGGAGGAAGUUAAACCGUUGCAUAGGCGACUAGUAGAACGUUUCACCCAGCUAAGGCAGAAUCUCGGACCUGGCUUGGCGCGUGCUCGACGUCAGCUAUCUGAAAGUAUCGUCAAUACACCAUUGCCUCCAGUCCCAGCGUUGGACAAACGGUCGCUGAGUGUGCAACAAAGUGACGGAUAUUAUGAAGAAGGGCAUCUUUACAACAAGCCGAUUUAUUCCUUAGAAGACAAUUUGGAUCAGCAAAGCAUAAUGUCAAGCAGUCUACCCGUGACCGAUAAUAGAGAUUGUCCCGACGACAAUUCCAUGAUCAAGUCGGCACCGCCGUUGCCUUGUCGUCCCAAGUCUGGGGAUCCGAGAAGUCCAACUCGACCACCUUUGGAAAAGUACCGAGACGUGGUGGAUGAAGAAGUUGAGACCCGGCGCCACAGUCGUGCUUCAUGGAGUGAACCAGGGGACGCCCCGCCGUUGCCUCCACGUGUCUCUGGCGAUAAACGUUCGUGGGGCGAAGCGCCCGCAGUACCGAGACGCGCCGGUCGGGGGGCCUGUGAAGAACGUGAUUCGGGGGUCAGUGUGGAUGCACAUCACUACACCAACGCGGACGACCAUAGACACAACCACGAUUUGGAGCUGGUAGAAUCGCUGCGCUACGAGGAGAUAAUCUCAAUGAUGUCGGAGCCCUUACGCGUGGAUGAAGAGGAAAUGCCACCGCCCAUCCCACCGAAGGGGCUCGGACACCUCAGCAGCUUCGACUCCGGCCAUCAUGAGAACGGCGAGUCACAUUGCUAGCAAUUACCCACGCGCGUUUACUUUCGUGACGAAUGGGUCAGAUGCACUCUGACGCAAUAUUUUGUAUUGGACUUUUAAUAAGAACACUAAUGCCCGUUUUCACUAACGACAAACAAUGCAAUGCCUAAGUAUGUAACGCCUUAUCGAAGAAGAUUCCUAGACAUACAUUUACCUUCCAUCAACUGAUUUUCACAAAGUGGGGUAUUCUGUGUUUGUAUUAUCAUAGUUUUCAUUUACGAAGUUAUAUUUAUUUUAUAUAAAGAAUCGGUUUUGUGACUUUAGAUGGCGCCUUACGUUGCUUGUCAUCGAAAAUGUAAGAGUUGGUAAAACGUUCACUAUGCAUCACCCAAAUCAUUAGACAUCCGAUUUAAGCGUUUCCUAAGUUUAGUGAAAACGAGCAUAAGUAUUAUUUUAUACAGAAUUUAGCCUAUCGCUGCAAAAUAGUCCACUAAGAACAAUUAUCAACAUGAAAACAGCAUAAUCGCGUUUAUUAUGACCAACGGAUUUUUAGUUGAUAAUUACGACAAUUCGAAAGGUUCAUCAAUACAAUCGUGUAUAUACUGUUUUAUUAUUAAUAUUUCGAGUAGUUUCUACUCUGCUCGAAUUAUUACGCGAAUAUUUGGCUAAAUUGACCAAUUUUAGUAUUCAUACUCCAAUAUUGUUACCAGAAGUUUUAAAAGACUUAUUACUAUAUACUUAUGACUAUCAGUUCAGAAUGUUGUGCCUAACGGGUGCAGGGACUGUUCCUUACGGGUCGGUAUUUUAUAAACUGUGUCGAUAUAUUAUGA